AUGAACUGCAUCGCCGAUCCAGCCCUCAACCUCACUUCCCUCUUCGGCGGCGCCAAUAUGCCCUGUUCGCCCUUCGGCGGCAUCGGUCACAUCUCCAACUGCUCCGCCCUCACCGUCUGCUACCAGGGCUACAUCGCCAGUCCGCCGUUCAACACCACCACGGGACCCGUCAAUCAGACGCUGUACAUCGGAAGCGUGUCCAACAACCUCGUCUUGCAGGACUGCGCAACACAGGUCGUCGGUCGCACAGGCAGGUUCGAUGCAAGCUUUGUCACCAAUUACGGCUGCAGCCUGAGCAGCAAUCAGACUUACACAUCGGAUGCGAGUGUGGCGAGCGGGAGGACGGGGAAAGGUUGGUUGCUGGCAGGAGCUGUGGCGAUUUUGGUGACGGUUGUGUCGAGUGCCGGGACCAUGGGCUAG